AUGGCCUCAAACGGACCGAACAAGCGCAAAGGCGCAGGGGAUCCAUCAUCAUCUAUACACCGUAAGCGAGUCAAGAUACAGGAUGCCCGCACUCUGGCUGUACAGAGCUCCGACACGGCCCUCUCGAAGACCGGGGAGCUCGACGUCGCGGCCUUCGUAGCUGCUCGACAGUUCGAAGUUCGUGCUCUGGAAGCGGGAAUUAGGAAAUCGAAACAUGCUUCCAUGACACGCGCCUUUCAACAGGUACCCAAGAACCUCAGGCGGAGAACGGCGAGUCAUAAUGUGAAGCGUGUACCGCGGCGAUUACGAGCUCGAGCGAAACGGGAGAUGAUUGAAGAUAAUACACCUACUGUCACCGCGCGACGAAGGAAACCUACCGAGCUAAUGCGACUUCGACUCGAAAGUGCUCGUCGACUUCAGGGUCUCAAUGCUCACUCAAAGGCGAAAAGACAAGCUGCAUCAAAGGCCAAAGCGGAAGAGUCCCCCCAUGUUGCUGGUCAUAGCGUCGAAGUUGCUCCUCGAGUCCCAAAAAUUAAGAAAAAUAAGCUCUCUUGCCCUCAGAAGCCACCGUCUAAAUUCAGAAAACGCCAAAUCUGCAAGGCUUGGUUGCCGACUCAUAUGUUUCAUGCUAAACGAGCACAUAUUACUGAACCCAAGGAACCACUAUGGAGAUUUGCGAUCCCAUUGACACCUACGGAAAAAUGUUAUCGGUCAACCCAUCGCACUAGCGGAGCUAGAGGGGCAAUCGCAUGGGACAUGAGCUAUAUGUCGACUAUCAGCCUUGAAGGAACAGAUGCCAGUCUUGAAAGUCUGCUACGAGCUCUAGGUGUGGAUGGCCAGAAUGCAUGGGGGAACAGUGGGAGAAAAUGGAGGAAUGGGGUAAGGAGCUUGCACGCUUGGGUGUUCGAACGGGAUGGUCAAAAACAUCCAAUUGCCCCUGUUUGGUUCAUCUGGUGCCCUGCCCAGCAGCCUGAAGAUACAGAGAUGGUAGAUGCAGACAGCGUGCCAAGUAGGCGGGAAAAGAGAAAGAUAUCAAAACGACGAAUGUUCCUUCGUGUUCACCCGUCUGCUUUCUUGCAGCUCUGGGAACAGCUCUUGAAACUAUCUAAAAUGCAAAAGCCCCAGGUUAUGGUUGAAGACCUUCGUUUCGAGAUAGGGAGCAUAGAAAUCUCAGGGCCAGGUGCCACUGAGGCGCUGCUAGGUGCUUUAAACCCUGCUCUCCCUGGCGGGGUUGAGGAGUGGGCUGAGGGCUCACCCGAACGUACGUGGCAGUCACUGGCCGGGUUGACGAACGCAGCAUCAUUACCUCAAAACGCGCUGCUUGCAUUCAACGUUACCGAUCCGCGCCUUCGUUUCCCACCCAAACCCAUCAAAAUUCCCAAGUCAGAAGAAAGCCAUAAUAGGCUAAUGGAAAUAUUAUCUUCAUGGAAACCUGAUUCAACACAGACAUCACCCCCAGACCUAUUCUCGCUGCCCGCUCGACGCAAGGCUUGUUGGCAGCUACCCUCACAAAAGGCAAUCAACAGAAGGAAGUCCCAGGGUGGCCCUGGAGAGAAUGUUCCUCUUAUGCCAGGGGACCCCAAGAUCCCCGUAAUCCUUCUUGCAGCCAAUAAUGCCUCUAAAAACUCCAACUCCCAAUGUUCUUGGACGGUUCUACUUCCGUGGAAAUGCGUUGUCCCAGUGUGGUAUUAUUUAAUGUACUACCCGCUUUCUUCUGGAGGAAAUGCACGUUUUGGUGGCAUUCAGGAGCAAAAGCAGCUUGCCUUUGAGUCCAAUGCGCCAUGGUUUCCGGGAGAUUUCCCAGCAACCAAGGCUGGGUGGGAAUGGGAAACCCGCGAACGGCAGCGAGAGAAGGAGGCGUGGGAGCGUAAACCAAAAGCAAAGAGGGCUGCAUAUGACAGUGUCAAUCUUAGGACGGGCAAGAAGGGAGAAAUUGGCCAAGGUUGGGCUUGUGAUUGGGAGCGCCUGGUCUUAGGACCUGAUUCACUAAGCAAUGGCGAGGAAAGAGUCACGGAAGUGAAGCCGGAGAAGCAGAAGAAGAAGCAGAAGAAAAAGAAGGGAGGAAAGCAAACUGGCGAAAUUAAACCGAACACCGGUGAUCAGCAACCAGACGACCCUGAAAAGACCAAGUUGGCCCCUAUACCGCCUAUAGCUCUCCGCCAACUUGAUCCAUCGAUGGCUUCGACAAUCCUCUCCCACAAGGGCAAGCCUGACCAGCUCCCCGCCCCAAUAGAGGCUUUAUUAAAAACUCCUACUCUUGCAACCGUUAUUAUAACUCUAUUAAACCGAGGCACGCCUACCCAACGUUCACGAAUAUACCGUCUCCCUACAUCAGACCCUAGCCUUCGGGAAAAAUGGCUCUCCUUGUUAGAUGAUCAUAAACAGUCAUCUGGGAAGGCAAAGGCUAUCUCUAAGUCAUCGGUGAACCUACCAAUGCCACAUGAAGAUGACCUGCUAGGUUUCGUGACCUCAGGGAACUUUAAUCUCAGUGCAGGGAAAGGAACAGGAAUAGGCUCAAUAUUGGUUAACAAGUUAUUCCCCUUCUCGCCCACCAAUGACCGUAACAUAUCUUCAGAUGGAGAAGUGGGAAAACGGCUCGGAGAGCUUAACUUAAUGAAAGUAUGCAUUAUUCGAGCGGCCGGGGAGAACGUUGGAAGAUUAGGGCGGUGGGAAGCUGCUUAA